AAAAUCAUUAUUAUUUUAUCAAUCAAUCGCAGUGUUAGUAUUUGUAAACAUUGGGUCCUUUAGAAUCCUCGGUCCGCUGUUUCCAGUCGGCGUGUUUUUGUUACAGCACCAGUCUCGCCCAACAGUAAAAUAAACGAAGAAGUAAUAAGGUCAAGUCAUGGAGUUUGCUGAACUGAUAAAGACACCCAGGGUGGAUGGGGUUGUACUACACCGACCUUUUAUGCCCAACGUGGAGGGGACUCUGUGUUUGACUGGUCACCACUUGAUUCUGUCGUCCAGACAGGACAACACGGAGGAGCUGUGGCUGCUCCAUUCAAACAUCGACUCUAUAGAGAAAAGAUUCGUGGGGUCUCUAGGAAGCAUCAUUGUCAAAUGCAAAGACCUGAGGGUGAUCCAACUGGACAUUCCUGGCAUGGAGGAGUGUUUUAACAUUGCCAGCUCAAUAGAGGCUUUGUCCACACUUGAUUUAGCCUCUCUGAUGUAUCCUUUCUUCUACCGACCCAUGUUUGAAGUGGUAGACGAUGGCUGGAAUUCUUUCCUUCCUGAGGAUGCGUUUAGAGAUUUGGAGUCCAUGACUGAUGAGUGGCGACUCAGUGAAGUCAACAAGGACUUCAGUGUGUGUCCCUCCUACCCUCCUCUGGUGGCUGUGCCCAAAGAUAUUGAUGAUGAUGCACUGAGGAAGUGUGCUACCUUCCGUCACGGUGGCCGAUUUCCAGUACUAAGCUACUAUCAUAAGAAAAAUGGCAUGGUUAUCAUGCGAGCAGGACAGCCUCUAACUGCAACCAAUGGGCGACGGUGUAAGGAAGACGAGAAGCUGAUAAAUGCCACCCUGCGGCCGGGAAAACGUGGAUACAUCAUUGACACACGCACUAUUAAUGUUGCUCAGCAGGCUAAAGCUCGAGGUGGAGGAUUUGAGUCUGAGGCUAACUACCCUCAGUGGAGGAGGAUUCAUAAGGCUAUUGAAAGAUCUAAUGUUCUUCAGGAGAGCCUCAUAAAGCUGGUGGAAGCAUGUAAUGACCAGUCCCACAGCAUGGACCGCUGGCUAAGCAAACUAGAGGCGUCUAGCUGGCAGACUCAUGUGAAGGAGAUCCUCACCACUGCUUGUCUGGCUGCACAGUGCAUCGACAGGGAGGGGGCAUCAGUGCUAGUUCAUGGUACAGAAGGCACAGACUCCACCUUGCAGGUGACCUCCUUGGCUCAGAUCAUUCUCGAUCCAGCCUGCAGGACCAUCAGAGGUUUUCAGGGCCUGGUGGAGAGAGAGUGGCUGCAGGCGGGUCAUCCAUUUCAUCAGCGCUGUGCCCAAUCCGCUUACUCUAACAGCAAACCUCGCCAAGAGGCUCCUGUCUUCCUGCUCUUCUUGGAUUGUGUUUGGCAGAUCCUGCGCCAGUUUCCCUGUUCCUUUGAAUUCAGCGAGAGCUUCCUGGUGCUUCUUUUUGAACACGCCUAUGCUUCUCAGUUUGGUACUUUCCUAGGAAACAGUGCAGCUGAAAGAGCCAAACUGUGUCUCCCUGAGAAGACGGUGUCCCUUUGGUCGUGGGUAAAUCGCCCACAGGAGCAAGAGCGCCUGUCUAACCCUCUUUAUGAAUGUAAUAACCUGGUGAUCUGGCCCUCUGUGGCUCCUCAGAGUCUGCUGUUGUGGGAAGGAGUGUUCCUGCGCUGGAACCGGUCCUCUAAGUGUUUGGAUGAGGCCUAUGAGGAAAUGGUGCAUAUAAUUGAGUACAACAAGGAGCUUCAAAACAAAGUAAACAGACUGCGCAGGCAGCUGGCCCAGCUGGAAACCGAAGACCCUCUGCUGCAAGCUCCAUAGAGAGUGAGAAAACUAAGAAAGGAUUCAAGAUGAGUAGAAAAAGCGAAUGUGUAACUAAAAAUGACAACGAAUCAGUCAGUUUGUUUAUGUGUCCUUGUGCUGUGGGGUAUCUGAGAAAUCAGCUCCACGCAGGAAAUCGCUCCGUGCAUUUACAUGUCCCGCAGUGCCCCUGAAUGUAAAUCUAUACGCUUCCUUCCCUGUUUUGUUUGGAAAACGUGGCCUAGAGAUUUAAACUGCAUCGCGCUGCUUACAGAUUUUCUUUUUGCCACGUCUGUGUCAGAACAAAUUGACAGAGCGCCGAGAGGGAAAACAUGCAUACAGAGCAGAACAGAGCCCCCUUUCAGGUUUUCGGCCUGAAUUGAACAUUCAAAUGUGGUGGCCAGCUUACCCCGACUUCUACCUGCCUCAGUCAGCCUUAUUUUAAAUAAGACAAGCAGUGACCCCUGUGAGUAUCUCCCUGCUCCUUUUCCUAAUACUAGUCUAUUGUCUUGCUUAUGGGCUGUUGCCAAAAGCCAGUUUAAAGCCCUGCAAUGCAUAUACAUGGGAGAGAAGGCUUUGUUCUCCUGGACAGAUCAACCCCAGGACUCCGGUUCCUGUAAUCUCCUUCCGCGAUUACAGUAACCAGGCAUUUAAAUGCACUCAGUGACUAGUGAGGUGUCAGUUAUUUACAGGUAUUUCAGAAUAUACGAUCUCUAUGCGAUUUGCUAUUUUCAGGGAUUUUUUUUUAAUACGUUUUUUGUGUUCCCAGAAGGGAUUUGGUUUAUGCCUGACUGGACUAGUGGUGACUAGUAACCUCACAAAGUAAAACAUGAGCAAGAAGGAGGAUCGGUCACCUCCCACCUCUUUGGUAUCAUUGCAUUUGCUGAAAACUAUGUUCAGAGUCAGAUAAAUUAACAUUAGCCAGUGAGACCACUUUCGAUUUAACAUUCGUAUUGUGUGUUUGUGGGUCUGGGACAUUUGAAGGCCAGUUGGACAGAAAGCGCGUCUGCAUGUUCAGUUGCCACUGGUACAGUUUCACCAAGCAUCCUGCUGAAAAUAUAUGCCACUGAAGCAAUGCAGCCGCGUUACUAUGGCAACAUAUAAGCUGCCAUAAGCCAACACGUGACUUUGCCGCACAUCGAGAUGAUGUGAAAAGCGUAGGUAGGGUCAGCACCCACUGUACCCUGCAAUGAGCUGAGAGGCUUGUUUAACGUGAUUAUGAUCAAAAAUAUCCUUUGGUCCAAUGAAUUACACACUUACUGCACAACCACUUGCGCCAACAACCCUGAUUAUGAGUAAGACUUGCCAUCCUUGAAAUGAGAUGCUUCUUUAGAGGCCGGUUUAUAUUUACAGUAGCUAAUGAAAACUAUCUAGCGCUUUUGUGGGCGUUGUUCAUCGUCAUGAGUGUCUGCUGUUUUAUAUUUCACAUUCCAAACUGAUGCACUUUGUUUGAAUGUAGCUCAUCUGUGUGCAUGUACGUGGGUGAAGACUACAGUUACUAGUAGAGUUAGGAAAGCUCAUCGCCGGUCGUCCUUUCAGCUAAUUUCAAGAAUCGUGUAAAAAUCACACUAAACUGGAGCUGCUUUGUAAAGUAACGUUUACAUUGAUGUUUCAUGUCUGCACUGCUUCCUGCAGCCUUCGCACCUCGAGGCUUUGCAUGUGCAUGGAUGUAACCGAGGCUGUGGCGUCAUUGAUGACUGGACCAAUUUCCCGUGCUUCGCUUUACGAGUACUGUUCCCUUUAAAUGACCUUUGCUUUAUCAAACACUCAAAACCUUUACGGUUAUUUGUUGUUGUUGUUGUUGUUGUUGUUGUACUGAUCAUUGUUGUGUAAUUGCUCACUGAAACUUCAAGUUGUUUUUUUUAAGUGAUGUUAUUGAAAAUAUGUUUUUUUUUAAGUUUCAACCCAUUAAAAUCGCAGCACAAAUGA